AUGGGCACACAGGUGCCAAAAACCCAUGAUUCAAGUGGAGAUUCUGAUUCUAACAGUGAUUCUGAGAAUAGCUCUAGUGACACAUCCGGAAGUGACUGGGAGUGUUCAAGUACAACACAACCCAAUAAUCGCAAACCGCAUUUUUCAGUCACUUCUUGUGAUACAGGGCUAAAAUUAAAAAUUGCUGCAAUACCAAGAAAAGCAGUACCUAAGAAAGCAAUUAAGCCACCAGUGAAAAAGAAAAGCAAUGAUACCACAUCCAAAAAUUCUAAAAAGGAAAAAGCGAAAAAGAAGUUGUCUGAUAGUAGUUCUAGCUCAGAACCAUGCAGUAAAUGUUCAUCAGCCUCUUCAAGUGAAGAUGACUUGCCUUUAAAGGCAGUUAAAAAAUCCCUACCUAUAAAGAACUCUGGAUCAAAAACGAAUAAGAGGAAUACAAUUAAAAGUGAUAGUGAAGGUAGUGAUAAAGACACGAAAAAGGAAAAGAUUUGUAAGAGUAACUCUAAUGUGAAGAAAAAAUGUGAUGAAUCAAGUCAAGAGGGAAAAAGAGGCCAGGGACGUGAACGAACUAAGUUCGCAUCACCGACAGCAGCGAGCGUCGCGUGCGGCAGCAGUUCUUCCUCUUCAACGUCAUCAUCGUCCUCGUCAUCGUCUUCGUCAUCAUCAUCAUCGUCUGACUCGGACACAGCGGAGGCCGCGGGCGGCUCCACGCAAAAUCAACCGGAUGAUUCGAAUGCUGCUCUUGCGGCAGCUUGUCAAUUACAGGUCAUCGACGAUGCGGACCUCGCGGAACUAUUUCCAGAACAAUCGACGAGCGCGCCGGUGCAGCAGCCUAAUUUCUCGUCGUUUUCUGUGCACAACACGUCGCCAGACGACGAUAAAUCUAUUGUUGAUAAUGGAGACGGAUCCAGCAGUGAGAUGGAGCUUACGCCCCAGUUAGUCACAGCUGCUAUACAACGGGCUACUGCAGACUCGUCCGGUUCCGAAAAUGAAUGUUCUAAUUCGGACCCCGUGCAAAGUACAUCUCAUUACGCGUCAAGUUUAUUGCAACAAUUUGUAGCACAGACGCAACUUUUAAGUAGUUCUGCCACUUUAACUAACAUCAAUAAUACAUCGUCAUUACCUUGUGAUAUAAAUGGCAAGCCGAUUGAUGGCGUAAAUGCAAUCGGUGAUUGUGUACUGGGGCAAAUAAAUACCUUAUCAGAAAUUGCACCAAUUACGCCGAACUUCCUUACUAGUAGCAGUAGCCAACAAUUAAGUCCACAACAGAAUGAGGAAUUAUCUCUCAUAAAUAAAGAUCUCGCAGAAAUAACUUCUGUUACAGACUCGGUUGAUUUAUCAAUACCUAACCCUCCGAGUUUGGAAGACUGUGUCGACAACAACGACUUUAUGAAUUUGGAUAUAACUGCAGGAAGCUCAGAAAUAGGAAGUGCUAGUGACCUUUUAAAAAAUUCUCCAUUAACUGUUGGUGAUAACAUAAACUCAAUUAAUCAAAUAGACUCUCAUAAGUUGGAUACGAUUAGUACCAAUUCGCUUGAAUCUCAAGAAGACUCGAAAAACGUUGUCAUAGAAUCUAGAAGAAAAAGAGGAAGACCUAGAAAAGUGAAAAAGAUAGAAGACUUUGCAAAAAAACAUUCUGAAUCUCAAAGAGAUGAUAGACGAAAUAUAAACGUUAUCAAUGAUUUCCAUAAUGUUAAUGAUCCACCUAAUGUUUCACCUGAUUCAGGCAUUUUAUCGAAUCAUAACUCACCGACUCACUCUCCGUUGCGUCGACAUGAUACUAACGAUAAUAACAGCAGGCAUAGAAGAAAGUCCGUUCAAAAGGAAAAUAAUACAGUAGAUAGAAAGAGUGCCAGGUCUAAAUCAAAAACGAGAAGUAGCACUCAAGAAAAGUCGGACUCCAGUGAUUGUGAUUAUCGAAAGAAAAAAGUGGAAAAUGAAAUUAAACAAAUUAAGACCGAAGCUCCUUCACCAGUACCUCUAAAACAAGAACAGAGUAAAUCAGAUAAAACGAAGAAAACUGAGCGUAAAAUUGAUAUUGCAGCCUUAGAUAGAAUGUUAUAUGCGACAGAUCGAGUCCUUUAUCCUCCGCGUAAAAGACCAGGACGAAAGCCUCAAUCAAAGUCAAAACCAACAAAACCGUCAUCAAAAACUUUAAAGGAUAAAAAUCAAUAUAAUUCGGCUGAUAGCGAUAAUGAAUCCAUCUCGCCUAAUAGAUCUGUUUUGUCUGGAGUUUAUGCUAAAAGAAAAGAACUUAACAGUAAACUAGCUGUGAUGCCCAAAAAGAGUUGUAAAACGAUUAAUAGCUCUUGGAGAGAAAAUCAAAGUGAAAAUGAAGCUGCAGCUGAUGACUUGCUUGAUCCCACAUGGAAAGAAAUAGACUUGAACCCAAAAUAUAAAGAUAUACUCUCAGGUUAUAAAAGUGAUUACGAAUUUAAACCAUAUAAAAGCUGCAGUAGAGUAAUUGAAUCUGGUUAUAAGAGCGAUUACGGUUGUAGGAGUGGCUACAAGAGUGAUAACUAUCGUUCAGGAUACAAAACUGAUUAUAAAUCUGGAUACAAAACUGAUAAAUCCGGUUAUAAAACAGAUUAUAGUGUUAGAAGUAUGAGAAGAAGAAUAAAGAAACUAAAGAAAACUCGAUCUGUUAGAAACAGAUCAUAUUAUAAAAAUCAAAAACAUUUUGUAUCUGAUCAGGAAAUCGUAUUAUUGACAAACAAAACAUUUACUAGCCUUACUAUUGGGCAUAGUUCAAGUGACUCAGAAUGUGAUACAUAUUUACGCAAGUCUACUGCUAGCCCGAAAUACAUUAGUGUUUGCACCAAAUAUCCCUUACCAUCAAAGUAUGAUUACAACUUCAAAAAAGUUAAUAAGAAAAAUCUAUUGCGAUUAAAUUCUUCGGAUCCCUUUGCACCGGGACCGGUUUUUAGUGGGCUUCAACGUCCGAUAACGACGUAUAAUAUCUUCAAAGUAAGCCACAAUAACAAUAAUACUCUGUUAAAAUCUCCGUCGCAAAUUAAGCGUACUAGUGGCAAGUUACCAUCCCUUAAAACAUCUUUUACUCAUAAGUUUGGCGUAUCACCUAUAACAUCUGCAAAAACACCUACAACACAUAAAGAUAACGGAAGAAAUUUAUCACCGAAGAAUAAGAAACAAACAAAAUGUUCAACGGCAGCUCUUUCAACUACUAAGAAGGAAAACAUUAAACAAUUACCGAAUAUCUUUGAAAAGGCGAAAAAUAGCUACAUUCCAAAUAAAACACUAUCGCGAAAUGUAUUCCUCAACUUUAAGAAAACUCACAUUAAGCCGACAUAUCAUAUUAAAAAACAAAGAAGGACCGUAGUACUUGCUCCACCUAAAAUAAAUCUUAAACCCGCAGAACGCCCUUCGCGUAUCACAAUUAAAACAGAGAGUAAACAUCACAGACAUCGAAGUAAAAGGAGACAUAGAUCCAGAUCGGUUUCAAAAUGUAGAGAGUCUGUAAAUCGAAAUAUUAUGGAAACGGAGGAUCAAAAGUUCAAUCAUGAUAUGGAUAACCUUAUAACCAAUUUUAUUAUAUUGUGCCAAGUCGCACCAAAGUUGAUUACUAAUGUUGCCUUAAAUCCACCAAAGAUCAGUGAAAAAGAAAAAGCUUCUACAGAAAAUAUAACACCUAAAACUGCUAAGCGAACUUCCAAAAAACGGAAAACUUCCGACAAUUUGGAAGCUGCAACUCCUACAUCUAAACGCAGACAUAAAAAACAGUUAACAGAAUCACAAAAUAAGGGAGGAAAAGAUACUAAUGAACAUAAACUACCCCUUAAAAAAAGACAUUAUCAUAUCAAUUCUUCAACUAGUAACUCUUUGAGUUUGAGUCUUGUCACUACUGAGUUUGAUGAAAAUUUGAAAAAUGGUAGUGCGGGCGAAAAAUUUUUGUGUACAGAAACUGAUUGUUUCGUAGAUUUGCAGACACAAUGUUCUGAAGAAAACACAAAAUCAAAGGCUAUAUCUGAACAAAAAACAAAAAGGUUACUAGAAGGUACGAAAAUGUUUAAUGAAGCCAAAGGCCACAAUGAAUCAGAAACAAUAGAUAUUAAAGUAGAUGAAGAGAUUGAAAACUUGCAAGUCAAACGAGAUGAGAAUAGCGUUAUAACUAAUGAUACUGUUUUGAAUGUAGCUAUUGUGGCUGAUGACGAUUUGUUAAUAAAAAAGCCUACUGCAGAACAGUCCGAAUUGUCGAAAAAGAUAUAUGAAACGUCAGAGAAAUUAAAAGCUGUACAUAAAAUGGUUCACGAUUUAGAAAGAAGUUUACCUAAAACGAAAGAUGUUGAAAUAAAACCAGAUUCACUGAAAGUAGAAACAAGUCGUAUAUCAUCACCGAGAUCUGAAUCUAAAUCGUCGCCAGUUAGAAAUCCUAUAGUAACUCCAAAAAAAAGGCAUAGAUUAGAAGUAGAUAAAAAUGUAUCACAGUCUAAUUUGGACCAAGUCGUGCAAUCGUUAUCUAAGAAGUUAACAGAGGAAAACCCUGAAAGUAUGAAAGAUAUAAAUCAAAAUACGUCCAACGAUGAUACUACGGGUUCAGAAAGAAAAAAAUCAGUUUCACCGAGUACUGUUACACUCACUAACAAUACCUGCUCGGCUGACCCUUUAAAAAGUAUGUCCGCCCGAUCUCUUUAUAAGAGUUCUAUUCCACCAGCACAAAAAUCAGAAAUCAUGACACGUAAGAAAAAUAGACUUGAAGGUUUAACUAGUAAUUUAGUUUCAAAAAUUAAUCCAAGUGCUGCUACGAAGGUACUUGAUACGCUUUUAAAUAACAAUAUAAGAAAAUCCAUCGAGUCUCGUAUUUUAGAAAAAGAAAAAUGUACUACAGAUAAUAAAUCUGAAGAUAAAAUGAGAGGAAAAGAAUCGCCUUGUACUCAAAUGAACACGAGAGCUAGCGUGAUAAAGUCACCAGUUUCCAAAGGAAAAAUAUUAGAAAGUAAGGGCAAAGUAAAAUCGUCUGAUUCAAUAGCUGAUAGUUGCGUAGUUGUCAAUGUGGAAAAACCCACAGGAAUUUUUGAGCCUUCUAUUGACUUAGAAGACCAAAUACCAAAGUCAUCUAUAUGCGUUAGCAGCGUUUUAUCUGACGUGGCCAAAACCAAAAAGAAUAAAAACCAAGAUAUAAAAGCCUCUUUAUUGGUGUCUAUAGAUAACGAAUCCGAUAUACCUUUGGCAUUGAUUGCAGAAAGUUCGGAUUCAAUUUUAAGACCAAAAAGAGGUGAAUCAAUUGCUUCCGUGAUAUCUGAUAAAAUUCAAGAAACUACUGGCGGUCAUAACUUGCGACAAACAAAAAGAAAUUUACCAAAUGAUAGCGAUGACACAAGUGAAAAGAAAAAGAAAAAGCCUUCGAAUAACAUACUAAGGGAAAGUAAAUUAGUGCUACCACCCAAAAUAAUGGUCCCAAAGAUUCAAGCGGAGCGCUUGCCAGCGGGGGACGUAGUUAAAAAAUCUAAUUUACUGACAAAGAAAACUGAACCUGUGUCCAUAGAUUCGAACGAUUCUUUAAAAGUAAAUGACAUAUCCAAAAAGAAAACUAGAAGAAGAAAGACGUUUAAUAGAACAGGUUUUCCGAGUGUCAAACGUAAGAAGAAAAAGGUGGAACCCAGUAGUUCUGCUAACACUUCAUAUGACCAAUUCGCUUCAGAAGAUACUGAUAAUUCUGUAUUUGAAAGAGUUCCAAAAGAUGGAGAAGCAAUGAGCAACUUUUUGGAACGUACAGGCAAUAGACAGGCUGAAUUAAAGAUCGUUCUAAAUAAAGAAGACUGUCCGAAGCAGGGACGAUUAACGGUUGUCGCAUUAGAGAAGUUACAGGGGAAGGAAGUGUCAGGUAAAAGUAGCAAUAUUAAACAAGGUGAUACGACUGUUCCAGAAAAGAAAACCCAUUCAAUUUUAAGAGCGCCAGCCUUGCAACUAAAACAAAAGACUGAUAGAGAAAUUAGGAACCAUGUUAAUAAAUGGGAAGUUUUAAGCGAGACAGACAGUAUACCUUCGUUGACUAGUUCCCUCGGUAACGACCCUGAAGACAGUAUUCCAUUAAGUUUAUUAAAUGUAAAGAAUGACAAGCCUGCUAAUAGAAUGGAAGUUAUCGACAGUUUAAAAAGGAAGAAUCGAGGAGUCUCACCGUCAAAUGAAAUUGAGCAAAUAUUUUCAAAGCGAAAAAUUGUAGAAAAGAACUCUAAGAUUGCAUUACGACCUAAGUCUAGCUUAGCAGUUUUAUAUCCCGGUGAACGACGCCACACGAGAAGUUUCGAUAACACGAAUGAAGAUGGAAAAAUGAAAACCAGGAAGUCUGAUAAGAAAACGGUCGAUAAUAUAGAAAAGGACAAACCCUUAAAACCAUUGGGUAUAAUCACUAGGCGAAAGUCGAGGUCGUAUCAACUAAAUAUGUCAUGUAAAAAAUCAGGCACCGAUGUUCAUUCUAGCUCGAGAGAAAGUUCCAUAGAUACUGUCAUAAGUCGUAAAAUACCUAAGUCGCGUGAGCCAUCUACCGACACACUGCUCGAUCAUGAUGAAAGUGAACCCCUACCGCUUCACGAGAAGGAAAUUGACUUUGAAAAAAGUAUAGAUGUCCUCUCGAAGAACAUCAUUUGCAAAAAGAGGGUCGCCGCAUCCCGUGAUGGUAGUCCAUCCAACGGAGCUGAAAGUAAAGAUAAGAUCGUCUCUAAGAAGAAUCCAAGAUUAAGAAAGAAGUUUCUGUUGGCGGGUUUAUUCUCAGACUACUACAAAGACGAUCCAAAGCCUGAUGGAAAAGGGAAGAACCUGGUUACGCAAACAGAAUAUCCGCCCGGGCUUUUAGGCCCGCCGCCGUACUGCGAACGAUGGGUUAGAAAACGACAGAUACACUUCACACUUCCCUAUGACAUUUGGUGGGAGCAGCAUUACAACCAGCCAGUUCCUUCUUGGAACUAUAAGAAAAUUCGCACAAAUGUGUAUUAUGAUGUCAAACCGUCAGCAGAGGAGUGUGAGAGUGUGGCUUGCAACUGCGCUGCUUCGUCUGGCUGUAACGAGGAUUGUAUCAAUCGGCUCGUCUACUCAGAAUGCUCGCCACAACUUUGCCCUAGUGGGGACAGGUGUAAAAAUCAAAGGAUCCAACGACACGAAUGGGCGUCCGGCCUAGAGAAAUUCAUGACAGAAAACAAAGGCUGGGGUGUUCGUACCAAACACAAAAUCACAUCAGGAGACUUCAUACUGGAAUAUGUAGGCGAGGUUGUGUCUGAUAAGGAGUUCAAGGAACGCAUGGCAACGCGUUAUGCUCGGGACACACACCAUUACUGCCUGCAUCUCGACGGGGGCUUGGUGAUAGACGGACAUCGUAUGGGCGGCGACGGUCGUUUCGUUAACCACUCCUGCCGCCCUAACUGCGAGAUGCAGAAGUGGACAGCCAAUGGUACGUUUAGGAUGGCUCUAUUCGCAUUGCGUGAUAUAGAACCAAACGAAGAACUCACCUACGACUAUAACUUUUCACUAUUCAAUCCUGCAGUUGGCCAGCCUUGCAAAUGUGAUUCCGAGGACUGUCGCGGCGUAAUUGGUGGAAAAUCACAACGUAUAACCAAACAGCCGCUUAAGACCCAAUCGAGAACGCCGUCAAAUGCUUCUAAUCAAUCGAACAGCUCGAAUGGAAACCAACCGCGCGUAGGCAGACCACGGAAAGCCGUCAAAUGCAACAAGAAAUCAGAACAAAGCAGCGUAUCUGCUUGUGAUAUCAAGAACAUGACUAUAUUAAAAUAUCAGCAGCAUUUGAAUAAACUGUGGCAGGAACCACAGUUGAAGCCACUCACUGCAAAGGAAAGGACUCUAGUCAAGGACCGACAGUGCUUCUUAUUUAGAAAUUUGGAACACGUACGUCGUAUCCGGGAGCGAAUGACUCUCCAAAUCCCUCCUUCACCAUCGGCAUCAACCUCCGCCCCAGCACCACCUCCUGUUCCAACCCCACCCAUUCUCCCCCCAGUCCCAGAUGUGAUCAACGUUGACCCUCUCGCACUGCCGGACACAAUGAACCCGCAAGUAUUCCUCAAGAAACUGCAAACACUUAGAGCCUCUAAGGAGGAAAUUUUACAACUUUCGAAACUAGAGGACGAUACUACGUUGGAUACGAAGCGGCGGUUGCUGCGAGUGUUCAAAGCGUUAUUUAAUAUUAUCGUUACUUUUAAAGGGGAUGAAGAGAAAGCAUUAUGCACGCCAUUGCUAAAAAUUAAGAGCCAGAAGUCAGAUUCAACCGUCGUAUCGGACUUGACUGCGAUCCAAACGAAGAUUGAGAACAACGACUAUGAAAGCGUGGUCCAAUUUGACAGCGAUGUUAGUGGGCUCUUCUCAAGUCUUAUGAGAGAGCACAGUAAGGUCACCGCUAUCGGAGCAGCGGCUGCGCAGUUAAAGAAGAUAUACAACUCAGCCAAAUUAGAGUUUACAGAGCAUUUUAUCAAGAUUCUUGGGUCUCAAGACAGCUUGCCUUCCGGAUUCAUACAGAAAACUAAACCUGAAGAAGUGAUUUUGUGCAUCUGUGGUUUGCACGUCGAAGAGGGUUUAAUGGUGCAGUGCGGUAACGCGCGUUGUGGCGUAUGGCAACACGCACGAUGUAUGCGGCUUGCUGACACCAACUCUACACACUACUGUCAUCUUUGUUCUACUGAGCCUGUGGAUCGCGAAAUUCCUCUCGACGAGUACACAGAUGAAGGCCAUCAAUUCUACCUGUCGUUAAUGCGUGGUGGGUUGCAAGUGAGGCAAGGCGACACGGUUUACGUACUAAGGGAUAUCCCAAUUGAUGAAAAGCACCCGGAUGUAAGUCAAAAGACUGGGGACAAAACGGACUCACCGAAGACGAAACGAGUAGAUAGGAAGAAACUUAAGAACAUCAAAGGAAAAGAGAAAGAAGAUACUCCACAGAAUAAGCAGGAUGGCGAAGUACGGAAGCAUACUUACCAGACGAUCGGCAGUGUACCCGUUUCUGAAUUAGAUAUAUUCCGUGUGGAGCGUCUUUGGAAGCAUAAAGACACACAGGAGCGGUACGUGUACGGACACCACUACUUGCGUCCGCACGAGACCUUCCACGAACCUACCAGGAAAUUCUUCCACAAUGAGGUGAUGCGUGUCCCGUUAUACGAGGCGGUGCCAAUUGAGCUGGUUAUGUCCCAAUGUUGGGUUAUGGACUUAAAUACCUUCUGCAAGGGCCGACCGGUGGGUGCAUCUGAGGCGCACGUUUAUAUCUGUGAGCUCCGCGUGGACCGAACUGCUCACCUCUUCACGAAGGUCUCGCGGCCCAAGUACCCGCUGUGCACUAAGCCGUACGCCUUUGACCACUUCCCGCAGCGGCUCAAGAUCUCCAGGACUUAUGCGCCGCACGAAGUAUUACCCGAAUAUCUUAAGGGGCGAGCUGGUAAAAAUUUCUUUGGAGCACCGGAGAAACCUAAAACUUCUCAGGAAACAAAGAAAAAACCUGUGAAUGCCAUCGCUACUGUCAGCACCAAGGCCCUGACACCGGCGCAGCGUCGUGAACAGCAAAGGGAGCGUUUGAACGAGAUCGCGCGCGGCUUACUUUCGCGGGGCGGCCAACGUGGCGCGGUGGAUGCUUCUUAUCUCCUGGCACCGCGUAACGUUCGCCGGCCACGCGCCCGCGUCUCCUGA